AAUAGGGAAGGAGUCAACGCCCUGCUGUAGCGCGUGUUAAACUGAUGUUGCUAGGCGCGGUUCUGUGAGUAUAAAUACAGCCAACACUCUCCUCCAGCUCGCUUGCUUGCUGUGUAUUCCGUCUUGGUUGAGCUGUUGAGUUUCAGGUGCCAAAAUGUCUACACUCGGUUAUCUACUUGAGCAGCUUUCCUAUCAGGGCAUGCAAGUCAGCACCGUACAAGACAUCACAGGGGGACAGGGCACAGUGAAGCCUUUUGCUCAGUUUAAUGCAGCUGCCGAUGUAGCCGUCUUGGACAAAGCUAUCAAGGCAAAAGGUGUGGAUGAGGUCACCAUCAUUGAAACUCUGGUCCGCAGGAGCAAUGCCCAGCGCCAGCAAAUCAAGGCCGUUUACCAGCAAACAAACGGCAAGCCUCUGGAUGUAGCGCUGAAAGCUGCUCUUAAAGGAGAACUGGAAGAAGUGGUUCUGGCCCUGUUGAUGACCCCAGCUCAAUAUGAUUCCUUUGUGCUCAAAAGUGCCAUGAAGGGUUUGGGCACAGAUGAAGAUACACUUGUUGAGAUUUUGGCCUCCAGGACCAAUAAAGAGAUCCAAGAUAUUAAACAGGUUUUCAAACAAGACUAUAAGAAGGAUCUAGAGGCGGAGAUCAAGUCUGAGACAAGUGGAGAUUUCAGGAAUGGCCUGCUUUCUCUCUGCAAGGCUACCAGAAGUGAAGACCGUGUUGUGCAAGAGGAUUUGGCUGACAAAGAUGCCAGGGCCUUGUAUGAGGCAGGAGAGAAAAGAAAAGGCACGGACUGUGGCGUCUUCAUUGACAUCCUCACUUCAAGGAAUGCUUCCCACCUGAGGAGAGUUUUUCAGCUGUACUCCAAGUACAGUAAGGUGGAUGUCGCAAAAGCCAUUGAUCAGGAGUUAAAGGGUGAUAUCGAGAACUGCUUGAUUUCUGUUGUGAAAUGUGCUGGAAACAAACCUGCUUUCUUUGCUGAAAAACUAAAUCAGGCAAUGAAGGGCUCUGGAUAUAAAGGCAAGAUCCUGACAAGAAUAUUGGUGAGCCGCUCUGAGAUUGACUUGGCCAAAAUCAAGCAAGAGUACCAGAGUAAGUUUGGCAAGAGCCUCUACCAGGACAUCCAGGAUGACACCAAAGGAGACUACGAGACAAUCCUGCUGGCCUUGUGUGGCAAUUAAUUGGUGGCACUAAUGAAUGUAUACAGAUGAAGAACCACCAGCAUACCAACAGCUUUCAAUAUACCAAUUAAACACCCCAUAUAAACAACUGUAGUAAUAGUAACACAAGCAAUGUUUUUGAUAAAUAAAAACUUGACUAAA